GGCGAACGUCCCCUCCCAGAAGUCUUUGCUGGUUGACGUUUACUCUCUGCCCCCUGUUUCUUCAGCUACCAAAUUCAGAUAGUCUAGAUUGAAUCUAGCAGUGAUAUGUCUACAAUAGCAAGAGCGAUGACAACAAAGUUCCGGCUAGCGCUUGUGCAGCUCCUGGUGUCGCCGGUGAAGUCGGAGAACCUGAGCAGAGCGCGCAGGCUGAUCAAGGAGGCAGGGGGGCAGGGGGCGAAGAUUGUGGCGCUGCCCGAAUGCUUCAACUCUCCAUAUGGCACAAACUACUUUCCUGAAUAUGCAGAACAAAUCCCUGGGGAAUCCUCACAGGUGCUGUCGGAAGUGGCAAAAGAAUGUGGGGUUUAUCUCAUUGGAGGGUCCAUCCCAGAGGACGAUGGAGGGAAGCUGUACAAUACCUGCGCUGUGUUCGGGCCUGAUGGUAACCUGCUGCUGAAGCACAGGAAGAUCCACUUGUUUGACAUAGAUGUUCCAGGGAAGAUCCGCUUCCAGGAGUCGGAAACACUCAGCCCUGGCAGCACCUUCUCCACCUUCGAUACGCCUUUCUGUAAGAUUGGAGUUGGGAUCUGCUAUGAUAUCCGGUUUGCUGAGCUGGCUCAGAUCUACACCAAGAAAGGAUGCCAGUUGCUGGUGUAUCCAGGGGCCUUCAACAUGACAACGGGACCAGCCCACUGGGAGCUACUGCAGAGGGGGAGAGCUGUUGAUAACCAGGUGUAUGUUGCCACGGCUUCACCAGCAAGGGAUGACAAGGCCUCCUACACAGCCUGGGGCCACAGCACUGUAGUCAGCCCAUGGGGGGACGUGGUAGCGAAAGCUGGCUCAGAGGAGACCAUUGUGUAUGCAGAUAUUGAUCUGCAGUAUCUCACUGAGGUUCGCCAGCAGAUUCCUAUCCACACUCAGAAGCGUCAUGAUCUCUACAGUGUCAGCGCUGUGCAAGAGCGCUAGUUCUGGACAGUUCUGAAAAGUUUGCUUCAGAUUCAUGGCACACAAUCUGGACAAAGAUAAAGAAGUUUUAUAAAGUGUCAGAGGAAUUCAACUCCUCAGAUUUUCAGCAUCUGUAUGCACCAGUGCAGUGGGAUUGGUUCUUAACUGAUGAUGGGUGAGGCUGUGGUAAUGAUGAUCAUUAGAUUUUUAUGGCCAAUCAAUCCCCUGUUCAACCUAUGUGUUGCUGCAUAGUACUUCUCAGUCAGUUCUAAAGCAGCUAGAUAAUUCCUGUUUGGCUGCAGGACCUAACUAAUGGUGCUCACACAAGUAUGAGUGAUACUUUUAGCAUCCCCGGGGGCAUCAAAGGGAUUGUCAUAUCGGAUGGUUUGUACACAUAAAUUAAAAUGGAAAUGUUAAAAAGAUCAGUGGCACUGCAAUGGUUAUACUGGACAUCACCUAUAGUGGACAUGUAUUGAGAGAGUCGUAGAAUACAUCUGUAUACCACCUAUAGACACCAUGUCAACCCUUACGGUUUGUAAUGUAUCAUUGAUAGGGCCAGAAGUUAAACCAACGUGUGUAGGGUUUUAAAACAUCUUGAAUAAGUUAAACAAAGUCUUUAUUCAAUUGUUUCAACAGAGUGGUUUUAUUCCAAAAAGUCUUCACAGCAUUACAGUACAAUGAAAAAAGUACUGGGUAACUCUUCAACGGCACUGAGAAUUAAAAAGAGCCUUCCCAAAGCAGUUGAUUUUUAUACAGACAAUCAAACCAGCAUUCAUUAACAUAUACCCUAUUACAUAGUGCUAACAUCCCAGACUUACCCAGUAAAAGCUAACUAAUUACCAUACUACUGUGUUUUGUUUUUUUUUAAACCUAUAGUCCCGGUGUCUUUUUAUCUUACAUAUACAAUAUCAUACAUGCAUACAUGCAUGCAUGCAUGGAUGGACUGGCAUCAGCAAGGAAGAUCCAUGCCUAGGUUUAGUAUAUUUGAUAGAGUAGGGUCCAAAUAAUCUAAAAACGGUUGCAAAAUUCUCAAAAAGAAAUCUAGUUUACUGUGAAGCUCACUUGUAAGCCUUUCCAGUGGAAGUAACUUCAAAAUACUCUGAUACCAUAAGGAAAGUGAAGGAGCUGAAUUUGAUAUCCAUAGUUGUAAUAUUGACUUUCUGGUUGCGUACAAUAAUAUAUCAAACAACCUAACCCUGUGAGGCUCAGUUAUAUCCUCAAAAUUGGCUGCCAAAAGGCAGUGGAGUGGAGUAAGCCCUGUUGGAUGCCCAAGUAUUUUACUAAUUUCUUCCUUUACAUUGUCCCAAAAGUGCAUGAUAGUUGGACAUGUCCAGAAGAGAUGUAUGGAAGUGCCAGUUUCUGUGUUACAUUUAGGGCAUGCCGGAGAUAUCUUAGGAUCAAACUUGCUUCUAAAAAGUGGGUUCCAAUGCAUUUUAUGAAGAAUUUUAAAUUGUGUUUCUCUUGUGUUUUUACCCUUGUUACUUAUCAUAUGUAGAGUAUUUCCUACUAUUGACUCCCAAGUAUCAUCAUCUAUGUCCAAUGACAAGCCAUUUUGCAAACUCAUCCUAUUACCAUCAGCAUUAGCAUUACAGUUGGAAUUGAGAGAAUUAGAAAUCGAGGAGAUUAAUUUUAGUGGCUUUCAGUAUGAUUUUUUACAGAAAGUUAACUUUAGGGGUGUGUGUGGUCUGAUUAUUGAGAUUCCUUAAGAUAAAAUGCCUUAUCUGUAGAUAUCUAAAUAAAUGAGAAUUUGACAAGUUAAAUUGUUUUCUUUAAUAGUUUCAAAUGAAAGAAAAGUAUCUUUGUUAAAUAAUGUCAAUAAUUGUGUGAGGCCUCUGCCAUGCCAGUCCCCAAAUACUGGAUCUUGGAGGGAUGGUGGGAAAUCAGGGUUAUUUGCUAGAGGGGCUAGUAAAGAGAAGUGUUCCUUCAUCUUAAAAAAAUAUUUUAAUAGUAUGCCAUGUAAGUAAUGUAUUCCAGAUAAUAAAAUUACUUUUAAGCUCUA